AUGAAAGAGUACAUAAUAAGCUUUGCCCAAGCUUUUCCAAAUUUCAGGGUAGCCGAGCUAGAGUCGCUCGCUGAUUUACAUGGUAUCCAAGUGGACCUUCGUCAUCACGACGAGAAGAAACCGUUCUUGAAGGUCCAACUUGAAGACGAUGACCAGGCGAAAAAACUCAUAAAGCGGUCCAUUCUUGCCAAAGGGAUCUACGAGCUCUGGGCGAGGGCCCAGACUUGGACCUGCUUCACGAAAUUCUCCACCUACAAGCACAACACCUUCAGAUUCGACUUUGUUAGCUUCAUGGGAGCUAAAACAACGGAAGAGAAGAUCGAGACCAUCGAUACUUUCAGAUACCUCGGGUUCGAAGGCAAAAUACGAUUGAAAAAUCCCGAGGUGAUUUUUGCCAUAUUAGAAGAGUACUUUGUGUCUGGUCAAGAAAGAGCGGAGAAGCCCGAGUACCUUUGGUUUGGGAGACAGGUUGAAAUCAGCGCCAGGGCCGAGGGGGUUGUGGAAAAAUAUGAUCUCAAAAAACGUCGGUACAUUGGCACAACGUCCUUUGACGCCGAGCUAGCACUAGUCAGCUGCAACGUUGCACAGGUACAGCCAGGCAAAGUCUUGUACGACCCAUUCACCGGCACAGGCUCUUUCUUGGUUGCAGGCGCCUAUUUCGGAGGAUACCCUAUCGGCACGGACAUUGACGCCCGGUCAGUGAGGGGCAAGGGCUCUAACAAUCUUCUUUCGAGUUUCCGUCAGUAUGGAACCGCCCUGCAGUUCAUUGACUUGUGGACGAUGGACUUCACAAAUAAUGCGCUUAGAGAGGACUUUGUCAUUGACACGAUAGUAUGUGAUCCUCCCUACGGCGUGCGCGAGGGCCUUAAGGUUUGCGGAGCCAAAGACCCUGAAAAAGCAGCAGGGAGAGAAAAUAACGUGGUGGAAGGGGAAUUGGGCUUCAAACGCCGAGACUACAUUGCAUCGAAAAAGCCCUAUGACCUCCCUAGUCUUUUGGACGACUUACUCCGGUUCGCCGCGGCCAGAAUGCCUGUAGGUGGGCGGCUAGCGUUUUGGAUGCCCACUGCCAAUGAUGAAUUUGUCGAGCACCAUAUCCCCCAGCAUGAGCGUCUUGAGCUUUUGUAUGUGCUCGAGCAGGAGUUCAACAAAUGGUCACGUCGUCUAGUAGUGUACGUCAAAAGGGAUGAGACGUACAAGGGCAUAACUCAUAACGGCAUGCGACUCGAUCAGGUAACUCAUUUCCGGGAUCGCUACUUCAAAAGCUUCAACGAAAAGAGCAAGCAAAUCGGGGCCGAUAGCCACUGA